AUGACAGCGGCCAGCAGCGAUGAGGCUACAGCUGCCGCCAGUCGACCUGCCUGGCGGGAUAUAGCCUAUGGCUCGGCUGCCGGCAUGGCGUCCAAGUUAUUCGAGCAUCCUUUCGAUCUCGUCAAAGUCAGACUGCAGUCCCAGCCUUUGGACCGGCCACAGCGCUUCACUGGGCCAGUCGACUGCUUCACGCAGACGUUCAUGCGUGAGGGAGCGAAAGGACUCUACAGGGGCUUGUCGAUGCCUUUGAUCGGUGCAAUGGCAGAGAAUGCAGCACUGUUCCUCGUCUACAAUCAGACCAGACAGCUACUCCGGUCGGUCUAUCCCUGUGACGAAGCAGCAGCCGCAGCCGGUCAUCCUCCCAUCGGUCAGAUCCUCGUAGCCGCAGGAUGUGCAGGCGCAGCAGCUAGCUUCCUUCUCACGCCCAUUGAGCUCAUCAAGUGCCGCAUGCAAGUCCAAAUGCUCACGCUUGAGUCCAACAUGCCAGCUUCCGCUCCAGCGUCCGCUCAAUCGCGUCUCGCCACCAACGCGCUCAAGCCCAAAGUUGCGCCGGCUGCUGCAUUCUCGACGAGCACGGCACAAGCAAAGGCAGAGACAAUGUCUUUUCGAGCUCGUGCUGCCGAGCUUCCUGGCGCUCUGGUCUUGGCCCGUCAGCAGAUUGCGCAGAAAGGCUUCCGGGGCCUCUGGCUCGGACAAACAGGUACCCUGUUUCGCGAGACAGGCGGCUCGGCAGCUUGGUUCCUCGCAUUCGAGGUCGUCUCCUCCUACUUCAUCAGAGCACGUCGGCGCCAGCAGGCGGUCACCGGUGCAGAACCAACCUUCACGCGACGAGACCUCAAGCCUUGGCAGUUGAUGCUCGCCGGCGCAUCUGCAGGGAUGAGCUACAACGCCAUCCUCUUUCCCGCCGACAGUAUCAAGAGCGCCAUGCAGACUCAUGACGAGAUGGGAGGUGGUACGCACAGCAAACCCACCGGCUUCCUUCAGACCGGACGAAACAUCUACGCCUCACGUGGCAUCAAAGGACUUUACUCUGGCGCCGGCAUCACGAUCGCACGAGCAGCUCCGAGCUCAGCCAUCAUCUUUGUACUCUACGGCGAGCUCGAGAAGCUGUUCGGCUAG